AUGAACAUCCAAACUAAGGCUACUCGCAUUCUUCACCAUACAGGGCGAAGCUAUCUGCAUGAUGUUCUGUGCCCGGUACUUUCCGAUGUACUGAACAAGUCGAGGCAUAGUGCAGAGAUUGAUCCAGAAUUGGUCGAAGCUAACUCGGUGGUUGUACAGAAAUUUCCAGAUGAGCCCAACGCCCGCUAUACUGCCAUCAGCAGUUUCCUCUUCCUGAGAUUUUUCAACCCAGCCAUCCUUAGUCCGAAGCAGUUCGGUCUUGCAGACGACUAUACUGAUGAAAGAGUGUCGCGAACUCUCAAGCUCAUCAGCAAAACGAUCCAGAACAUUGCCAAUGGCGUUGAGUUUGCCGAAAAAGAAAUGUAUAUGAGACCCCUGAAUGCCUUGAUCAAGUUGCAUAUCCCCUUUGUAAGGCGAUAUAUCGACAGAAUAGCUCUUCCGCCAGAAAAUCGAUCAAAGUACAUCCAAAGGAAUCUGUCGUUCCGUGCCGCUGAGGAUACGCGCAAGUCUAAAACAUACAAAUCCAAAAAGUGUCCCACUUGUCGGAAUAAUACACCGAAGGCGCAACUCAAUCUGGAAAAAGACGUUGCGAGUCUCACACGAAGGUUCAACACAUUGCGCCAAACACUCGGCGGUUCAUCGGGAUCGGGAUCGAAAACAUCAUCCACCCCGAGCGCACCAACUGCCAAAACCAGACAGAAAGGCAAGCUGAGCAAUACGAGCAGCCAAGCCAGCAAGCAUAGCAGCACAUCGACCACAAGCGCCGGGGAAAGCAGAGAACAACUAUGUGGUAAAGAUGGUAGCGAAACAACUUCGAUGAGCGCUCUGCUUGCCAUGCGCACGGCCAGUACCGAGUCAUUCUCUAUCAAAGGGCUGCUGGGCAAUAUACUGGGUGCUGUCAGCAAAAGUGAGGGGGAUCUCUGCUCAGCUGGCGAAACUUCCGACGCGGAUAGUAGUUCAAAGUACGAACACAGUGAGACAAGCAAGAGGUUUACAGGUAAAGAAAGUACAGACGAUGGUGUACUUACCCAAUUACAAACGGGGAGUAAGGCAACAGACAAGACCGGUAGCUUGGACGACGUAUUCAAGGUUCCAGACAGUGUGGGUAUGAAGGUGGGCAAACCUGCAAGAGCCGCGACUUGUACCACAUUGAAACCUGCCCCCCUCCUCAAACAUCGUGCACAGAGUGGCAUUGCUUUGACUUCUGGCAUGGGUAGAACGAUAUCCCCAACUGUCAAAGAAAACUGUAUAAGUAUGAGUCUGGGAAGGAGUGAAGGUUUGCGUGUACAGCAACAAGGCUCAUCACAAAGACUCGGGAUGACUCCGAAUGACAAGCGGGGUUCUAUUCCAGAACGACUCGAUUUGGUGCUGAACAAUCUUCAGCAAGCCGCUGUUUUAUUGCAAAAUCAAAGUCGUAGACGUGGUGCGAAAUUCUGAAAGUGACCACGGACAAGGAACAAACUUCCAGUGGUCUUAAUAUUUCCUGUACUCUACGGUGCAAUUGGUCGGGAGGACCAAAUAUUAUCGAUAUAAACCUUUGUAAAAUAUAAAGAGCAGAGC